GGUCUGAAUACUUCGCUGGUGCCGAUGUACAUUUCGGAGAUCUCACCGCUAAACCUGCGUGGAGGUCUUGGUACUGUCAACCAGCUGGCUGUGACCAUUGGACUGCUACUAUCCCAAGUGCUUGGCAUCGAACAAAUACUCGGCACCAACGAUGGCUGGCCGCUCCUCCUGGGCUUGGCUGUCGUACCUGCUCUUUUACAGUUGGUGCUACUCCCAAUCUGCCCAGAAUCCCCGCGCUACCUACUGAUCACGAAGCAAUGGGAGGAGGAGGCCCGUAAGGCGCUUCGCCGGUUGCGCGCCAGCAACGCCGUUGAGGAGGACAUCGAAGAGAUGAGGGCUGAGGAAAGGGCCCAGCAGGCAGAAGCAUCAAUCAGCAUGGCGGAGCUUAUCUGUUCGCCGACGCUCAGAGCGCCACUUGUCAUAGGUGUGGUCAUGCAGUUGAGUCAGCAGCUAUCUGGAAUCAAUGCGGUGUUCUACUACUCGACGAACUUGUUUGUGAGCAGCGGUCUGCCAGCAGAUAACGCCAAAUUCGCCACUAUCGGCAUCGGUUGCAUCAUGUUCAUCAUGACAUUGAUCAGCAUCCCACUGAUGGACCGCAUGGGCAGACGGACGCUCCAUCUCUACGGGUUGGGAGGCAUGUUCAUCUUCUCCAUCUUCAUCACCAUCUCUUUUCUCAUCAAGGAGAUGAUCGACUGGAUGUCCUACCUGUCGGUGGUGUCCACGCUUUGCUUCGUGAAGUUCUUCGCCGUAGGACCCGGCAGCAUCCCCUGGAUGAUCACCGCGGAGCUGUUCUCGCAGGGUCCCAGGCCUGCUGCCAUGAGCAUCGCCGUGCUGGUCAACUGGAUCGCCAACUUCGUUGUUGGUAUCGGCUUCCCCAGUAUGAAGCUCCAAAUUAGCCAAAACAUGCAUGAAGGUCAUUUCUGCCGAUACCGAAGAGCAACAAUAAAAAAGUGACUACCUAGCGGACUCUCCAAUGGUUACUUUGUCC